AUGGUGAUUUUUAUGUGGAUGAUCUUCGGCAAUGUGCGUAGCGGCGGCCCAGUGUUCACGGCCAAGUCUGCGGUGUACCCUGGCGAUUUCAGGUACGAGAAAUUUGAUGUUGUUGUUGUUGAGAAAGAUGGUGAUGAUUUGAAGAACAAAAAGGAACAUCAGAAUGGGCAGAGGUGGAAAAAAGGGGCAGUGCCAAGCCCAACUCUAGUGGCUGAGGCAUCAUCGGCAACAUAUUUAGUAGGGGGCUCAGUGCUAUUACUAGCAGCUGGUUUUAUAAAGCAAAAGGAAUGGAGAUCUUCUGCUGUGAUGACAUUGUCUCCUUUAUCCCUGUUUUUGGUGGGAGUAAUUGGAGCUGCACUUGGAAAGGCACCACUUGCAAGGUCUUGUGCAAGAGUUUAA